AUGUACGAAUCGAUGAGAUUCUCGAGCACAUCAUCUUGUCUACCCGUCAUCGCAAUUUGCAUCGGUCUCGUAUCAGGACUACUCACCCACGCACAAGAUCACCGAACAAUCGUCAAAUACGAAGAGCAAGGCAUUGCAGUGAGACCAGAGCACAAACUUCUCGGCUUCUCAAUCGGCGCUCCUGUGCUGGCAGCAGGUCUGUGGUGGUUCGAAUGGACAAUCCACCUAUGA